UUAAUCUUCCAGAAGACCGAAGGAAAGGAGAAAAAAGCGCGGGGAGAAGAAAAACCCUAAUCUCUCUCUCUCUUUCUAUGGUUCGAUGGUGCCCGAGAAAGGAAAUCGACCCACGAGAGAGUCUCUCAAAUCCCAUCACACGACUUGGAAAGACAAGCUUAGGCAAAAUUGCUUGAGAAGAAUCAGGGAAGAGAGAGCCCGUUUAUUGUGGAAAAUAAGGUCAAACGAACCGACUGCUGAUAAAAAGGUCAUUGUGGGAUCUGCAUUCAGAGAUAUAUUAUCUGAUGAGCUGCAGAAAAUUAAGCAGCCACCUUCUAGAGACUGCCAAGAAACUUCAAUGUCUAAAGAUGUUGACUUCUUAUGGGAAUAUGAUGGUCCUAAUGCAGAUAACUCAGUAGAAAUUGAAAGUGAAGACAUCCUAAUAGAAAUGGAGAGGCUCCUUUACGAAGAGCUGAGAGAGGAAAUGAUCAAAAGAGAGUUAGAGGCUUAUGAGGAGGAAGAAGAUUACUUGGCUCGGGCAGUUUUUGAACAAAUCCAACUUGACAAUAAACAGGUCAUCAGCAAGAAUGACAAAGUAUGGUGUCCCAUUUGCAAACAAGGGGAGCUACGAGAGGCCUAUCAUUUCAUUUAUUGUACUAGUUGUAAUCUGCGGCUGGACCUUGAAAAUGAUAAGGUGAACUUGGAUUUUCUGAGAGACCGUCUAGGUGAAGUGCAUGUCGAACAUCUUGAAAGAGGGUGCAAGGUGAUGCCAAAGUUUUGUAUGGAGACAGUGUUUGAUCUUACUGCAUUGUACAUCCAGUGCAAAAUAUGUGACACUUUUGAAAUUGUCAUAUAACUUGUAAUUUAUGGAGGAACAAGAAUUUCCCUUGAAAUUGUGGAUGAAAAAUUAUGUAUCGGGAGUGCACAAAGGGGCGCAUAACAUGUCCUUUACAUUAUAAGUUUCAAUUUUACUUCA